AUGGUGAAGAAAUUUGACAAGAAAAAUGCGACCACUUAUAACGUCGUUCAUCGUGCCCAUGAUGAUGCCCGAUUUUUUGACGAUAAUGCCAGUAAUGUUUUAGUGCCAACAGCACAGUCUCAGAAGAACAAGGUUAGCUCCACUUCAGGGAAGAAGGUAUUCUCUACACAUGAACUCGAAGCAAAGUUAAGAGACCAGGUUAGGGAAAACGAAGGAUUGGCAGCACAGUACGGUAUUACAUUUGAUGACUCGAAAUAUGAUUACAUGCAACAUUUGAAGCCCAUAGGGAAUUCUGACGGUGUAUUCAUUCUGGCAAAGGACCGGGACCAGCAAAGGCGACAGGAAAAGCUAGAUUUAGAACAACUAUUGAAGGAUCAGUUACCGUCUACUGAAAAGCGUAAAGUGACCAAAGAUUUGAAUCAAAGUAUUCCAGAUGAAUUAAAGGGGUUUAACCCAAAUAUGGACCCUAGACUAAGGGAGGUUCUUGAAGCAUUAGAAGAUGAGGCAUAUAUAGAAGAAGUUAAGCAUAAAAAGAAUAAUGUGGAUGUGGAUGACGAUGAGGAAUACGAUGACGAUAUCUUUGCUGACUUGUUAAGGUCGGGGCAAGCCGAAGAGGAUGAAUAUGACUACUACGACGAAGACGAAGAUUAUGGGGACGAUUACGACGAGUGGGAUUUGGACAACUACGAAGAUGAGUACGAUGCAAAGUAUGACGAGCAUCCAGAAGAAAUAUUGGGCCAAGAGGGAGUUAACGAAGACUGGCAGCGAGAUUUCAUGAAAUUCAAAAAAGAAAGCAAGAAUAAAGAGAAUACGUGGGAUUCGGAUGAUGAGUUUGACGAAGAAAGUGAAGCUGGCGAAGAUAAAGAGGAAGAGGAAGAUGAAGAUGAAGGUGAUAAUGUCGGAGAACUACCCGAUAUGAAGUCGAAGUUUUCCAAAUCCAACACCAAAUUGAGGAAGAAGAAAGGAGCAAUGACUGAUACCUCAUCAUUUUCAAUGUCCUCUUCCGCUUUAUUCCGUUCUGAAGGUCUUUCGCUACUCGAUGAUAGGUAUGAACAAUUGAAUAAGAAGUAUAACAGAGAUGACACCAAAGAGCGAGACCAAAAACCGUUUGAUAUGGGAACUGAGAGGAACGAUUUUGCAGGGUUGGUUGAUGAUUUCUUGGAAAACUACGAGUUGGAAAGUGGCGGAAGAAAAUUAACCAAAAAGGAUACAGAGAGGGCCAAGUUGCAGGAAGCAGCUAGUUCGGUAUCCAGGGGUAAAGCCGGAAGGAAGUUAGACUCUUCGUUUGCGGGUAUGAAAAUCAAUUAG